GUUGGCGAUGACAUGAAAACAUUGUUGUUGCUGCUGCGGAGACUCACGGACAGACGAGCAGGAAGGACGGAAGGUUCGCGGGGCUUCCUUCAGGUCCGGGUUUAGUUAUUAUCCUUUUUUUUUUUAUUUUUUUAGAAAAAAAGGUGGCAGUUUUUGUCUAUAAAGGAGCCGCGGGAGCAGCCAUGUCGGUGAAUAUGGAAGAACUGAGGCACCAAGUGAUGAUAAACCAGUUUGUUUUGACGGCUGGCUGCGCCGCCGAUCAGGCGAAGCAGCUCCUCCAGGCGGCCCACUGGCAGUUCGAGACGGCCUUGAGCUCCUUCUUCCAGGAGGCCAACGUCCCCGGGCAUCAUCACCAGAUGAUGUGCACUCCCAGAAACACCCCCGCCACGCCGCCCAACUUCCCCGACGCCAUCACCAUGUUCUCCAAACUGCGGGCGUCCGAGUGUGGCUCCGGCACGGGCAGCGGGCCCUCCCAGGUGUCCAUGGCGUGCUCUCCACCGGCCCACUCCUCCACGGUGGGAUUCGGCUCCUUCUGGGCAUCCUCGCCGCCCAGCCACCAGCCGGCCUGGCUGCCCCCGUCAUCUCCCACGGGCCACCACAUGCACCACAAUCACUACCACCACAUGCAACAGACUCCCAUGUGGCCCCCCGUCUCCCAGCCCAACGGCUCCCAGCAGGCCCCCGUCGUAUCUGCACUUCAUGGACAGAGAUGAGGCCGAGCGGCGGGCUGAGUGGGGGGCUCUGGGGUUUGUGGGGCGGGAGGGGGGAAGAUUUCUUGUUUCUCGUUUCUCUGAACUGAACACGAGCAGUUUGGCUUCGCUGCGAGCCAGAGGGCGACGCCGGGGGUCUCUGAGGACACUGAGAAACUGAACCCGGCCCUGCUCUGAGCAGAACCCCAACGGAGCACUUGCUGAGGAUCGGAGCCAUGAGACGUGAUUUUUAGAGACUCUCUUUUCAUUUGUCAGAAAAAAAAUCAGAAAGGAAGUCGGCAAUAACCAGCAGACCAAGAGGAGGACGAAUCAGACGUGUGUGUGUGUGUGUGUGUGUGUGUGUGUGUGUGUGUGUGUGUGUGUGUGUGUGUGUGUGUGUUUGGACUACAGAUGUGCACCAACAGGUCAGCCACAAAGUUUCAUUUACAGCCAAAAAAAAAGAGGAGUGCUCCGGCUGGGCUGCAGACACUACCGUGAUGUCAGAGAUGAUCCCAGUUUGUGCUUGUCAUUCAGUGCUGGUUGUUUAAGGAUAGUUUUUCUGAGCUGGAUGGAAAAAUGUUCCUUUUGCUGCACACCUGCCAGAUGUGAACACAGCUGGAAGUGAGAAACUGUGCCUGAGGCAGAAAAUUUAAAAUAAAUGUAAUCUUGUUUAUUUCCAAUGAUUCUUUUUUUUUGUUGUUCUGAUCUCUGCUUCACGAUUCCUCACAAUUAAGUCAUGACAGGGAAAAAAAUCUAAACCUUUUGUUUCCACCUCCACAGAUUUUUAAUUCCACUUAGAAAUAAAUCAAACUAAACACCUGCACAGCCUGUUAGCUGUGAGCUAACAGGCUAAACGCUCACCUGCUCUGAUUCUUCUGAAUUCACUGAAUAUAUGAGAAGGUGGGACAGAACGUGAUGUCCUCUCAGUCUUUAUGGGACAGCCUGACAGUCAGUGUUACCUUUGCACACAGGUGCGUCUGAGGCAUAAAAACAAAGACGGAUCUUUAUUAAAAUUUUAAUUGUUGUUCUUUCAGAAUGAUUCAGGCUUUUUUCACUAUUGAAAUCAAAAAUGGGACUUAAAUAAUCAAAGUUUGUCUUUUAUCAUAGAAGUCAUCAUAGACUGUAUAUAAAAGAUGGACAUCACCCAUUACUUUGAAAAGUCCUGUUUUAAAACAUUCAGUCAGCGACUCUUACUGAGAGACUUUGACCAUAAACUUAUCAGGAAAGUACAGCUGAGUUCAGAGGUCAAGUGAGCAGUAAGUAAAAGAGUCGCCCCCUGCUGGGCAUUAGCAGGAAUACAUCAUUUUCAAUGUUCACGCCCAGAAACCACAUCAGUCUUUCAUAAGCAGUGUGUGCAUGGGCUUUGGGGCACGCGUGCCCUUAAAUUUAAAAAAACGAAACCCGAAUAUCUCGCUUUUUUUUUUUUUUUUUUUUUUUUUUAAAUUUCAUAUCUUUGUUUGGAUUGAGAUCUUUAAUCUUUAUUGUGCAGCAGAUUUGAUAUUUUUUUCAUCCAGCUGUGCACUGAUACAGAUGCACUGAUGUAGACGAGCUCUGUGAUGAAGAGCUGAGCGCGGCGAAUAAAUGACAGAAGAAGAAGAAAAAGGUCAAAAAUGAGCUGAGAUGGAGGGUUUGCAAUAAGCUGCUGAUGUGAAGCCGGGUUAGAAAGCAGAACUCGAUCGCCUGUCAACUUUUCUGGGUUGUAAAUAAAAAAAUUCCAGUCGAACUUUGAUCUGAGAGCGCUUUUAUGUUUUUUUUUUUUAAGGUCGGCUCCUCCGCCAUGUUUGUGUCUGCGAGAGGUUUAAAGGUCGGCUCUGCGAUUUCCACACAACCUUUCAGACACUCAAACGCUCCUACCUCCAUCUGUCUGAGGGGGCGGGGCCCAGCACUCGCUCUGAAUGUACUCUGCAGGACUUCCUGUUUGACAAGUCCCGCAUGCGUCACGGCGAGUAAAAUAAAGUCACGUUUAUGUCACGAGGAAGAAGAAUGAGGAGUUUUCAGGUUUUGUUCUUCAGACAAUCAGCUGUUCGUGAACCACGUUUACUCGCUGCAGGAGGGGCGUGUCGGUCUCUGACAUCAGAGACUCUUGUUAACAGAUUUAAAUGAUGUGAGGGAACUCGAGCGCUGUGAGCUAACAGGCUAAACGCUCACCUUUAGGGCCACGCCUGCACGCUGUCAGACUUUAACGUGAAAUGGUGGGAAAAUUGUUGCCACAGUCAAACACGUCGUGGGUCAAAUUUAAUGUUUGACUCGUCUGGUUAAAUGUGACGGUGUCAGCUGUUCGUCUCUGCAACCCUCUGAGGAGCCCACACGUUAACCCCGAAACUGAACUUUAUUAAGAGAUUUGCUUAAAAUCAACUAAGAACAGAUUCUUAAUCAAUCAUUAACAGUUUAACCUCUUAAGCCCCAAACCUACCUGAUCUCCUGCCUUUUGCCCCCGUAUCAGGGGGCGUUAGGGCUUAAGAGUUUAAUCGACACUGGCUCGAUCGUUGGAGCCUCGGUCGGCUCCACUGAUGGAAGCGUAACUGAGUAUUUAGAGUUAAAUGUAACAGUCUUACAGCUGAGUCGUUGGAAAAGUUUAAGCGUGAAACAUUUGGACUGAAAAUCAACUGUAAUGAUCAGCUGAUCAAUCCCUUUUAAAGUUUAAUGAUUUCCAGUCCAUCAUGUCAGUAAAUGCAAGUUUGGCUUAAAAAAAACCUGAAUAAUCUGAUUUUUUCCAAGUACAAAAUUUCACAUUUGCGACUGAAGCCACAGAAACCUUUGGUUUAUCGGCACAGUCGUUGGUGGAUUGCACAGCCGCUGCCAGCUUUUCCACAGUGAAAUGCGGAGGUCAGUGGACGCCUUUCAGGGUCCGAGCUUUAAAGAGUAAAGAAAAUGACCUUUUAAAGAGACCUUUUCCUAAAAGUCUUAGCUCUGACGAUGCGUUCACUGACCUCAGGGCAAAUCCAGUCUGAAAUCAUUCUGGACAAGUUGGGGGAAAUGAGGAGCGGCUGGAAGGUGACCUCCUGCCUGGUUUGUUGUUGGUGACAAGCCGCGGGGUUCGGAGGCUCUGUUUGAGAUUCCCGCAGCGUGGAUUAACCGGCCUGUCCACGCUGCUCCUACUUUUGUUUUUGCAACAUAUUUUAGGCCUUUCAAAUCCAGCUGAGGACUUUACAAACUGGUCAAAGAGUCAUUAAAAGAUGUUUUUAGCUCUCGUUACUUUCUCACAGACUCUGAUCCACGGCUCUUUUCUAGAGAUUUCUCUCAUGUACUUUGUUUUCACUUACUUUGUUUAAAUUUGUAUUUAUAUGUUUAAUAAAACAACUUCUGAUCUGUA